CAUCCAGGAACACAAGCUGAGAGCGAGCAGCGCACAGUGAGACCCUGACAGCACAGUGCCCCCCUCCCCCACCCAGCCAGCCACCAUAACAACAACAACACUACUACUACUAACCAGCACACCCGCAGACUACAGCAAGCACAGCUCCCAGGGCAAUGCACGUGUAAACCUGGGGAGAUAAUGGCACAACGUGCACAGUUAGUACAUAACCAUAACCACUGCGCAUUGGUUUCACUUUAGCAGCUGGACAGAAAGGCUGACACUCAGACAGACAGCAUCCCUCUCACAGCACAGACAGGCUGACACUCAGACAGCAUCCCCCUCACUCACAGCAAAGACAGGGUGACAGACAGACAGCAUCCCCCUCACUCACAGCACAGACAGCAUCCCCCUCACUCACAGCACAGACAGGCUGACAGACAGACAGACAGCAUCCCUCUCACUCACAGCACAGACAGCAUCCCUCUCACUCACAGCACAGACAGGCUGACACUCAGACAGACAGCAUCCCCCUCACUCACAGCACAGACAGGGCUGCCAGCUGUAACCUGCUCUCUCCAUCUUCUCACCUUUAGCCCACAUCCUUUACAAGCACAGUCUCCACACUUCCUCCUACUCCUCCUGCAAGAGCCUUCAUCCCACCAUGCUGGAGUCUGUGCUGGCAGAUCUCCUCAACAGGUUCCUGGGGGAUUACGUGGAGAACCUGGACAGGUCCCAGCUCAAGCUAGGGAUCUGGGGGGGAAAUGUUGCUCUGGAAAACCUCAGGAUCCGAGAAAAUGCACUGAGUGAAUUUGAUGUGCCUUUCAAAGUGAAGGCUGGGCAGAUUGAUAAGCUCACCCUAAAAAUUCCUUGGAAGAAUUUAUAUGGCGAUGCAGUGGUUGCAACUCUUGAGGGUUUAUAUCUUCUGGUGGUACCUGGAGCAAGCAUUAAAUAUGAUGCAGAGAAGGAAGAACGACAUCUUCAAGAAGCAAAGCAGCGGGAAUUGGUGCGAAUUGAAGAUGCUCUUCAGAAAGCUGCUGAAAAAGGAGUUGCUGGAGACUACUAUAAUUUGCAGAAUGUAGUAUAUAAAAAUGUUAAACCUGGAUCUAAACGUAAAAAGCAUAAACAUUUUAAGAACCGCUUUAAGGUUCUUGACCCUAGAAAAGACAAGCCAAAGGAGGACAAAAAAGAUACUUUCCUGGAAAAACUUGCAACACAGGUCAUCAAAAACCUUCAGGUCAAGAUUAAAAACAUCCACGUUCGAUAUGAAGAUGACAUUACAGAUGCCUCUAUUCCAUUGUCAGUGGGAGUUACCCUCGGUGAGCUAAGCCUACAGACUGCUAAUGAAUCGUGGGCACCAUGCAUAUUACAUGAAGCAACUAAAAUAAUAUACAAGCUGGUUUGUUUAGAUAGUUUUAGCACCUACUGGAAUGUGCACAGCGCCAUGUUUUACCACCAGUCCAGAGAACAAAUUCUGGAGGAUAUGAAAAAAGGAAUCAUAUCUAGCAACAGGAAGCACAAAGAUUACCAGUACAUCUUCAAACCGGUGUCUGCAUCAGCAAAACUUUAUAUGAACCCCAACGCUGAAAUAGAGUUAAACACUCCAAAGUUGGAUUGGAACAUGGAGAUUCAACAUGUUGCAGUAGAACUGACAAAGCCACAGUAUUUGAGUAUGAUUGACCUUUUGGAGUCCAUUGAUUACAUGGUUAGGAAUGCUCCAUACAGGAAAUACAGACCGGAUGUGCCCCUGCUUCAAAACAAAACAAAAUGGUGGUUGUAUGCCAUAAAUGGGAUCCUUGAGGUUCAAGUGAGAAAAAAAACCCAAAUGUGGUGCUGGAAGAGCAUAAAGCAACACAGACAAAAUCUGAAAUCCUACAAAAAUGUCUACAAAAACAAACUGACUCAAAGCAAGCCCUCCGAGGAACUGAUCAAGGAGCUGCAGGUUCUAGAGAAAGACCUUGAUGUUUUUAAUAUAGUUUUGGCCAGACAGCAAGCUCAAGCAGAGGUAAUAAGAUCAGGACAAAAGCUGCUGGCCAAAAAAUCCACUCAAGGAGGAGAGAAAAAAAGUGGAGGCUGGUUUGGGGGUCUCUGGGGAAGGAAGGAGGCAACUAAGAAAGAAGACUCUGAACUCUCUGUUCCUGAAAAAAUUGACGACCUUCUGACACCGGAGGAGAGAGCAAAGCUUUUUACUGCAAUUGGUUACAGCGAGAGCUCUUACAAUCUUACCUUGCCUAAAACGUAUGUAGCUCACGUUCUGGGCCUCAAGCUCCUCAGCACAUCCAUAACAAUUCGAGAAGACACACACACUCCAGAAACCUUGAACGUGCAAAUUAUUGGUCUGGGCACCAAAGUCUACCAGAGACCAGGAGCAAAGGCCCUCAAAGUAGAAGCCAAGUUGGAGCACUGGUAUGUAACUGGUCUGUGUCAGAAAACGGUUGUCCCUUCUCUUGUAACGUCCAUUGGAAGUAACAAGUCUUCACUUCUUGAAAUCGUUUUUGAGACAAACCCAGAAAACAGUACAAGUGACCAGGUCCUAAUCUUGCAAUCUCAACCUGUAGAAAUGAUAUAUGAUGCAAUAACUAUCAAUGCUUUAGCAGAAUUUUUCCAGACAAACAAAGGAAUGGAUUUGGAGCAGUUAACCUCUGCAACGUUAAUGAAACUCGAGGAGAUCAAAGAAAAAACAGCUGCAGGACUUAACCACAUCAUUGAAACCAGAAAAGUUCUAGAUUUAAGGAUAAAUCUGCAGCCGUCUUACCUGCUGCUUCCAGAAUCCGGAUUCUAUCACGAGAAAACCAACCUGAUAAUCGUGGACUUUGGUAGCUUUCAGCUUAACAGCAUUAACCAAGCAAACCAACAGGCGGGUAGUGUUUCAUCUCUAGAAGAGUUGAUGAGUAAAGCGUAUGACAAGUUCGAUAUAAAAAUAAAAAAUAUACAAAUGCUGUUUGGAAGACCAGGAGAAGAUUGGAAGAAGGCAAGAAUUGAAAGUUCAUCGUCUCUACACAUCCUUCAACCUCUUGAUAUUGAGGUUCAGUUGGAGAAGGCCAUGGUAGAACGAGAUGGAAGAAUGCCCAGGUUUAAAGUGUCAGGAGAAUUACCUUUGUUACACAUGAGGAUCUCGGACCAGAAAUUAAAGGGAGUGUUUUCGUUGCUGGACAGUAUACCUUUCCCCAAGAAGACCAGUAGUACCCCAACUACUAAACCGAAAAAUAUUCCUGCAAUUCGGAUUUUGACUACAAGGCCAGAAAAGCUCUUUGAGCAUGACAUUGCAAAGUCACUGACAUUUGAGGAGGAUGAUUCCGAAUCAACCGAUGAAUAUUUUGACACUGAUGAUGAGCCUUCUCUUGUGAAAACUAAAGGUAAAGAAGUGUCCGUAAAAACAGAAACUAAAUCUUCAGCAGAAACUGUUCCUCAAGAACUGACAGACCUUCAUCUGAAGUUUGAAGUAAAGGAGGUGGCGAUAGAACUGAAUAAACAGCUUGAGAAACACGAAAAAACUGUCCUGAUACUAAAUAUACAACAACUAGGAACUGACGCCCUCAUUAGAACAUUUGAUCUGACCGCUGUAUCCUACUUGAAGAAGAUUAAUCUAGAUUAUUAUGAUAUUCAAGGUUUCAGCAAGCAGCCUCUUCAUUUAAUAAGCUCUUCAGAUAAACAAGGAUUAGACCUGCUGAAAGUGGAAUAUAUUAAAGCUGAUAAAACUGGGCCAAAUUUUCAAACAACAUUUGAAAACACAGAACAAACACUUAAGGUGGCCUUUUCAUCCAUGGACCUCUUGCUUCACUCUCAAGCAUUGCUUUCCGCUAUCAGCUUCCUGACAGAAGCCAUCCCGAACCUCCCUGAUAAGGCAAAACAAAACACAGAACAGAAGACUGAAGACAAAAAGACUUUUGUUAAGAAAGCUACAAAGGUUUCCAAAGAUAAGGAUGUGUUCGCCUUCAAACUAUUUGCCAAGCUUGGCGCAUUCUGCGUGAAUGUGUGGGACGGGAAGAAUCAUAUCGCUGAAAUCAAGAUACAAGGUCUGGAUUCUUCGAUUUUGCUGCAGCAGAGCCAGAUCGAGGUGUUUGCCAGACUACAGGAUAUUAUUGUCAUUGACGUGAAUCCGCAAUCUAUUCAUAAAAAGGCCGUGUCCAUUAUGGAAGAUGAAGUUUUCAAAUUCAAUUUGACCCUUUAUCCUGAGGCCACACAGGGGGAAGCCUACAAAGAUGUGUCAAAGGUGGAUGGGAAGAUGUGUCUCAAAGUUGGAUGCAUGCAAAUAGUCUUCCUUCACAAGUUCUUGGCUUCUCUUCUGAACUUCCUAAAUAAUUUCCAGGCUGCCAAGGAAAAGCUGAGCGUAGCCACCACACAAGCAGCUAAGCGGGCAGCCACCAGUGUGAAAGGUCUGGCCGAAAGAAGUUUUCGUCUCCUGAUGGACAUCCAUUUAAAAGCCCCAGUGAUUAUCAUCCCUCAGUCCUCCGUGUCCAACAAUGCCAUUGUUGCAGAUCUUGGCUUGCUUCGAAUACACAACGUAUUUAGUCUUAUAUUGUGUGAUGACCAGCAGUUGCCUCCAGUUGUUGACUGCAUGACGAUAAAUCUGACUAAAUUCAAGCUGUCACGGACCAUCAUGCAUUCGACACCUUCCCAUUCUGAUAUUCAGAUCCUCUAUCCCAUCAACCUAAAUCUGAUGGUAAAUCGGAACCUUGCGGCAACAUGGUACCAUCAGAUUCCGGGAAUAGAAGUCAAAGGGCAUCUUGAUACCCUGGAUGUUGGAAUGAGCCAAGAAGAUAUAAGUGUGCUGCUAAAUGUCUUGGUGGAAAAUCUUGGCGAAGGUGAAACCAGUUAUGUUAAACAGACUUCUGAUGGAGGUGAAACGGCUAAAUAUAAAGAUCUGCUACAGGCCCCUAAACCCCCAAAGAAAAAUGUUGAAGAGGUUACUUCCGAGCCAGUACAAGCCAGUGCUUCAGCGUCAUUAAGUCUUCUGCUCCAUUUUGAAAUAAAAGAGGUGGUGGUGCGAUUGCUGAGGCAGGUGAGGGGUGGGGGCCCUCCUCUCCAUGUACUGCACGUGUCACAGCUUGGUGCUGAAGCUAGAAUGGGUCUCCACGAAAUGGCUGCGUCUGUAUAUCUUAAAAAAAUCAGCAUGACUUGCAACGAGUUCAAAGGACCUUGCAGUGGAGAAUCUUUGCUGUUGAUUAACUCAUCAGAUGACACCAGUGAACAAUUUUUAAAAAUGGAAUAUGUAAAGGCUAACCAAAAUGGACCAGAGUUUAAAACUUUUUACAAAAACACUGAGCAGACUCUUACUGUUUCUAUGUCUUCAUUAGACCUGAUCCUUCAUACCCAGGCCUUACUUUCAUUAAUGAACUUCCUGUCCUCGGCUCUUCCAUCUCGAGAGACCAAAAUAGCCACUCAAGCCCCGGAAUCCAUUGCGCAAGAUGACGACCCGGCGAGCACAGCCAACCAAACAGCUCUUCCCAGUUCUGCUCCAGAAGAUGCCUUUAUAUUAAAAUUGUCUGCAAAAUUGAAUGCCUUCAAUGUGUUUGUUUGUGAUGAAGCUUGUAACAUUGCAGACAUUCGGAUACAAGGCAUGGAUGCCUCAGUUGAUGUACAGACUAAGCAGACCAAGAUAUUUGCAAGACUUCAAGAUAUCGUUGUCCUUGAUGUGGAUCCGAAAACCAUUCACCGAAAGGCUGUGUUCAUGAUGGGCGAGGAAGUGUUCAGCUUCAACAUGAUCCUGUACUCUGAUGCUACAGAGGGAGAGUCCUACACAGAUAUGUCUGCAGUCGAUGGCAAGCUGUCACUCAAAGUGGGAUGCAUGCACAUUGUAUACUUGCACAAGUUUCUCAUGUCUCUUCUGAAUUUUAUGAACAAAUUUCAGGCAGCCAAAGAGGCUUUGACCACUGCAACCGCGCAAGCUGCCGAAAUCGCUGCUCUCAGCAUGAAAGAUUUUGCACAAAAGAGUUUUCGCCUCUCAAUGGAUGUUCACCUGAAGGCUCCAGUCAUCAUCAUUCCACAGUCUUCAAUCUCCACCAACGCCAUUGUUGCAGAUUUGGGUCUCAUCAAAGUCCAAAACAAGUUCUCAUUAGUUCCUGGAGUGGAUGGUCCCCUUCCACCGAUCAUUGACCACAUGGACAUACAGCUGACAAAGUUACAGUUAUCAAGAACCGUUCUACAGAGUGGAUCUGCCCAACCAGAGCUUCAGCUUCUGCAGCCAGUCAACCUUCUGGUUUCUUUACAGAGAAAUCUGGCGGUAUCUUGGUAUUCCCAUAUCCCAGGUCUUCAAAUUGAUGGUAAACUGGAGCCCAUGCAGAUUGCAGUGAGCCAGGAUGACCUUAAGAUUCUUAUGAGUUGUCUCUUUGAGAACCUUGCUGAGACCCCCUCACUGCCCAGAGCAGCUCAGACCCCUGGAAUAGAAAGCUCCAUUGAAAGUGCUGAAAGAGUCAAAAUGGAGAUCAGUGAAAGCGGAGAACUAAAAGGUCAACCAGCAGAUGAUACACAGACUGGACCAGCACAAGAUGAGGAAAGUGAGCCAUCCACAGCCACUCUGAAGUUUGAUUUUAAUUUUGAAUCUCUGUCUGUGGUGCUUUACAACAGUAAGGCAGCAGUCUGGCUGCAUGAUGAAAAUUUGCGUCUUGGAGAGAUGAGAUUGCAUAUGUUGACUUCCACGGGAAAGAUGUUUCAGGAUGGAUCCAUGGAGUUUUCAUUGUGUCUCAGAACUUGCACGUUAGAUGAUUUGCGAGAGGGUAUCACCAGGGCGACGUCAAGGAUGAUUGACCAGAAAGAUGAAUCCAGACAAGGCAACAUGAUUGACAUAAACUACAAGCAGAGAGGGCUGAACCGAUUGGUCACUGCGAUCCUGGAUAAGCUGUAUGUUUGUGCCAGCAUCGAAUUCCUGAUGACAGUGGCAGAUUUAUUUAUUAAUGCCAUGCCUCAAGGUCCAGGGGUGGAAAAAUCUGCUCAAAUUCAACCAAAACAGGCCACGUUGUCCCAUGCCAAGCCAGGCAAAGGAGAAAUAGCAGAACAACCGAGAUUUAACGUAAGCGCCCUUAUCAUGGAUCCUGAGAUAGUGUUUGUCGCAAGCUUGGCGAAAGCCGAUGCUCCAGCCUUAGCUAUGUCUUUCCAAGGAAAAGUGACGCUAUCCAAUGUGAACAACAAGCAGGCGAUUAAAGCAGUGGUAAAAGAACUCAAAGUUCUGGCCUGUCCGUUUCUUAGAGAACUACGCGGACAUAACAUCACAACGAUAUUACAACCUUGUUCCCUGCAACUGGAGAGCUCUACGGAUGAUGUUGGUGGGCAAAGUGCCAGCCUUUCUGUGGGCGAAGUCAUCAUCAAGAUCUCGCCUAUAAUUUUAAACACCGUGCAAACAAUAGCAGCUGCUUUAAAGCCAAAGCCCCCGGUGGAAGAAGGGACUCGCAGUGUGAUAGAACAUAAAAAUAUUUGGGAUGUACGGAACACUGAUAGCUGUGACAACUGGUUUUUGGGGGUGGACGUUGCCCAUGAGGCUGAAGACUGCUUCCAGAUGGAAGAGGAUGCCAAGAAAUUGCAAAACUUUGAUCUAGAAGUGAAGAGUGUGCAGGUGACCAUGGAAUGUGGUUUGGGUCACCGCACGGUGCCUCUUCUCCUCGUGGAAUCCACUUUAACUGGAACAGUGAAGAACUGGUCAUCAUUCGUGAAUGUGAAUGCAGAUACUACAUUAGAGAUUCAUUAUUAUAAUGAGAACUACGCUGUAUGGGAACCACUCAUUGAACGUGUGGAUGAUGGGAAUCGUUGUUGGAGUCUAAAACUUGAGAUGAAAAAUAAUCCAGUCCAAGAUAGAAGCUUCCUGCCUGGUGAUGAUUUCAUCCUUCUCCCUGAGCCACAGUCUGCUAUCAGUAUCUCAUCCAGGGACACUAUGAACAUCACCAUCUCCAAGUGCUCCCUGAGCGUCUUCAGCAAUCUCGCCAAGGCAUUCAGUGAAGGAACAGCAUCAACGUUUGACUACUCCUUGAAGGAUAGGGCUCCAGUAACUGUCAAAAACGCACUAGGUGUCCCCAUCAUACUGCAGCACGGUGGUAACAUGCGAGAGUUUGGGUCCAGUAAGCAGGAGUCCAUCCAUGAGGUCCCUAAAGGGCAGUCAUUUGACCUUGAGUUUUCCUCCACGGAAUCACUUCAUCGGGGGAAACUCUCAGCUCUGCGACGGCAAGAAAGCAGCCUUUUUACAAUUGGCAUUGUACCUCACGGAUACACAGAAAUGGGAAACAUCCCAAUCACAAAGCCAUCUCGACGUCUGUAUAAUAUACGUAGUCCCACACAAGAGACCUGUGUUUCUGUUCUCGUACAGAUUGAUGCUACCGAAGGCAACAAAGUUAUCUCCGUCAGGUCUCCGCUGCAGAUCAAGAACCAUUUCUCUGUCCCAUUUGUUGUCUGCAAAUAUGUGCCAAAUGCAAAACUCCUGGAGGCUAUUGGUGUAUGCCGGCCAGAUGAGGAGUUUCACGUACCUCUGAACUCUUACAGGUGUCAGCUCUUCUUAAAGCCUUCCGGAUCCCUGGAAGGUCAGUUUACAACCUCAACAACCUAUAUCAUGUGGAAGGAAAUGCUGCACAGGAGCAGCGAGGUGAGGUGCACCCUACAGUGUCCUGCCGCGGAGGUUAACUUCCUGCCAUUGAUUGUGAACUGUCAGGCCGUGCCCGAUGAAAUCAACUUUAUUGCCAGCAAUGGUGAGAAGGAUUGGGAUCCAGCGUACAUCAUUCACCUGUAUCCCUCAUUGACGCUCCGAAACCUGCUUCCUUACUCUUUCCGAUACUUACUUGAGGGUGCCGCAGAAGCCCCUGAGCUGGCAGAGGGCAGCUCUUGUGAUAUAAUACAUUCAAGAAUUGAUGGCGAGAUCAUGGAGCUUGUCCUAGUAAAGUACCAGGGCAGGAAUUGGAAUGGGCAUUUUCGUAUACGAGACACUGUCCCAGAGUUCUUUGCCGUCUGCUUUACAGCUGACACUUCUGAACUGAUGACUGUGGACCUCCAUAUCCAUGUGAAACGAAUUGGAAAUCGCAUGAUUAUGUCUGUGUUCAGCCCGUAUUGGAUCAUCAAUAAGACCUCCCGCAUCCUGCAGUACCGGGCAGAGGACAUUCACGUCAAACACCCUGCCGACUACAGGGACGUCAUACUCUUCUCUUUCAAGAAGAAAAACAUCUUCAGCAAGAACAAGAUCCAGCUAUGUAUUUCUACAAGCUCUUGGUCAACUGGAUUUUCCCUCGAUACUGUUGGAAGUUAUGGCUGUGUGAAAUGUCCUGCUGGUAAAAUACAAUACCUGGUUGGUGUAAACAUUAAGAUGAGCAGUUUUAAUCUCAGCCGCAUUGUCACCCUAACUCCCUUCUAUACUCUUGUAAAUAAAACUGACAUGGAGCUCGAGGUGGGGGAAGUCACAGCAGAUGGGUCCUUGCCAGACUUCAAGUGGUAUUAUGUCUCUUCCUCCGAGUGCGUGCCCUUUUGGCCUGAGAAUAUAUCUGGAAAAAUGUGCGUCCGAGUGAUUGGCUGCGAAGGAAUUUCCAAACCAUUUUUCUUCAACAAACAAGAUAAUGGUACCCUACUGAGCCUGGCAAGCAUGAAUACAGGACUUAUCGUAGAUAUCAGUAUUGCUGAUCACUCUAUAGUCAUCAAAUUUUCUGACUACUACGAGGGUGCUGCACCUGCUUUUAUCAUGAACCAUACUCCUCGGGCUAAGUUAACUUACAUGCAGAGUGGUACCGAAAAAGAACAUGAAAUUGGUCCAGGGCAAGCAAGGCUGUUUGCAUGGGAAGAUCCAACAGGAAUUAAAAAACUGACCUGGAAAUAUUCUGAAAAUACUGGGGAACUUGACCUUCUGAAGGAUGAAAGUGGGCAGUUCGCGCACAAUCAGGAUGUCCAGAUCCACUGGGUGUCAUUUCUUGAUGGUCGUCAAAGAGUGCUACUCUUUACGGAGGAUGUGGCCUUGGUGACAAAAGCACGACAGGCUGAAGAGAUGGAGCAACCAGAUCAGGAGAUUACUGUGUCCAUCCACAGCCUGGGUCUCUCUCUCAUUAAUAAUGAGGAAAAGCAAGAAAUUUCAUAUAUAGGGAUCACCAGUUCAGGCAUCAUAUGGGAGAUGAAGCCAAAGCUGAAGUGGAAACCUUUCAACCAGAAGCAAAUUAUGCAACUAGAACAGGCCUACCAAAAGUACCGGACUGCUGAAGAUUCACGGUGGACCAAAAUAGACAGCAACUUUGAGGUCAGUUUCAGCAAGGUCCCAAUGGAAAUGCGCCUUCCACAUAAGUGCAGUAUCAGGAGAAACUUUGUGUCUGGUAUCCAUAUAGAAUUCAAGCAAUCUUCCCACCAAAGAAGUUUACGAGCUCAAUUAUACUGGUUACAGGUGGAUAACCAGCUUCCUGGGUCAAUGUUUCCUGUUGUUUUCCAUCCAGUGGCUCCCCCAAAAUCCAUUGCUUUGGAUUCAGAACCAAAACCUUUUAUUGAUGUCAGCAUUAUCACCAGAUUUAACGAAUUCAGCAAAGUCAUGCAGUUUAAGUACUUCAUGGUUCUGAUACAGUGUAUGGCCUUGAAGGUCGAUCAGGGUUUUCUUGCUUCGAUCAUCGACCUUUUCACACCAGAUACAGAUACGGAAGCAGAGAGACAGCGGACGCAGCUCAUUCAGAGAGAUCUAGAUUCUCUAAACAGAGAGCUAAUGGAAUCUUCCAUGACUGAUAUUACCACUCUGAGCUUUUUUGAGCAUUUCCAUAUAUCUCCAUUGAAGUUACACCUCAGUCUUUCUUUGGGCGCAGGAGGUGGAUCAUCUGACAAAGAAGAACUAGAAAUAGUCGCCAUCAGCUCAGUUAAUCUCCUACUGAAAAGCAUUGGGGCCACACUCACAGAUGUUGAUGACCUAAUUUUUAAAUUGGCGUGUUUUGAAGUGAAAUAUCAGUUCUACAAACGGAGCCAGUUGAUGUCACUGGUCACCAGACAUUACAGUGAACAGUUCUUGAAGCAACUGUAUGUCCUCGUAUUGGGCCUUGAUGUCCUGGGCAAUCCUUUUGGCUUGAUUAGAGGACUUUCCGAAGGUGUAGAAGCGUUCUUCUAUGAACCAUUCCAGGGAGCGGUGCAGGGACCUGAAGAGUUUGCCGAGGGCUUUGUUAUUGGAGUGAAGAGUCUUCUAGGUCACACAGUGGGCGGAGCAGCUGGUGUUGUCUCUCGAAUCACAGGAUCUGUGGGGAAAGGUCUGGCUGCCAUCACCAUGGAUAAGGAGUAUCAGCAGAAGAGGAGAGAAGAGAUGGGCAGGCAGCCGAAGGACUUUGGAGACAGCUUGGCUAAAGGAGGAAAAGGACUGUUACGGGGUGUAGUUGGAGGGGUGACUGGGAUCAUCACCAAGCCUGUGGAAGGAGCAAAGAAGGAAGGGGCUGCUGGAUUUUUCAAAGGCAUAGGGAAAGGUCUUGUGGGAGUGGUUGCGAGACCUACAGGUGGCAUCAUUGAUAUGGCAAGCAGUACGUUCCAGGGUAUACAAAGGGUGGCAGAAUCUACAGAAGAUGUGUCUCCAUUACGACCGCCUAGAUUUAUUCAUGAAGAUGGCAUAAUCCGUCCAUACAAUCAGAAUGAAGCUCAGGGUUUUAACUUGUUUGAGAAUUCCAAUAUCCAAAAAGUGGAUGGAGAAAUUUACAGAUAUUCCUGUUUCCUAAACCAGAACAAGAAAGUCAACUUGGUGGUAACCAACAAGAGAAUUAUGUGUGUGAAGGAAGUGGAGAUUCUAGGCCAUAGAUCUAUAGAUUGGGACUACGCAUUUGAAGAAUUUGUCUAUCCACCAACUGUGGACGAAAAUGUACUAAACCUGACUGUAAAGGAUCACAGUAUUUUCCAGAAAAAAAGCCAUACGAGCCAAGAGAUCCUAAAAAGGAUUCCUCUUCAAAACCAAACCAUGGCUAAGAAAGUUCUAAGUGUGAUAGAUGAGGCCCGUGUAUCAUGGCGACAGCAAACACUGGUGAGGAAGCCAUCAGAGCGGUUUAUCAAGCAAUACCAGCGUUCGUUUUCAGACAGUUUCCAAUCUGUAGACAGAAAGUAAUAUUUCCCUGCAUCCUAAAGCAUUUCAUUAAACCAUAAAUAUGUGUCUGCCAUAGAAAGGUCAAAGGUAUCUUGUGUGAACUGCAGGGUCUCUCUUUGACGUUUGCAUAUGGAACCCAGCUUCUGAUUAAUAUACAAUAUGAGAACCUAUCCUCUCUGUGCACUGGUAUUAUCCAAUCAAGGUAAAACCCUAAGUGUUUGUGUUAUUCUUUUUUUUUAUUUUCAUGACACACUUGUAUAAUGUGCAAUAUACAUGCGCGAGUACCACUUAUCUUGAACACUUUCAAAGUCAUAAAUGUUACAUAGGGGUAACUGUUUAAAUGAAGGAAACUUUUGCUAUGUUGUAAAACAGAAAUCUUUAUUAAUAAAAAUAUAUAAAUAAAA